GGCUAGCAGGCGGAAGAGGCGGCGCCGGCGGGACGCGGCUCGGGGCUCCCGGAGGCGGCGGCGGCGGCGGAGGCGGAGGCCUGGAGUUGGGCCGGGACGGGAUCCAGGAGGCUUCUGAGCCGGAGCAGGCAGCGCCUGGAGGCCAGAGGCCGUUCGCCCGCCUCAGGCCGGUCGGCCGCCGCUCCCCUCCCUGCGCCCUGUUCCCGGCAGUGCCAGAGAGGCCGCCGCCUCCGCCCGGUGGUUCUCGGGCGAAGGGAAGCCGCGAAGCAGGUCCUGGGGAAGAGCUCGCCUGCUCCUGAGGGAAGCGGCGAUAAGAUGGCGCUUUGAAGGGGAGCCGAGGCCGAGUCACUCUGCUCGUCGGGACGCCGCCUUUCUAACGCCGCCGUCGGCUCGCACCACUCUGGGCCUGCUGCCCACACUGACUGCGGGGUCCGGGAGAGCGGGAUGCUGGCCGGCCGCGCCUGGCUUCUUGGAAAGAGCAGGAAGGAGCGCGAGAAUGCAGUUCCGCGGCAGAAACCUCUGUAGAGGAGCAGGAUGCAACCGACAGGCUGUGGCCGGACAGCUGCUGCCCAGCACAUGGAGCCUGCACGCGCACGGUUUGGCCAAAGAAGCCCCCAUACUCCCGGUGAAAAAGAUUUCCAGAAGCUGUUCUGUCAAUAACAAAGUCAAAACCACAAAACCACCAACACUAAGAUCAUUCUUGAGUCCAAUUUGAAAAACUACGGUCAAGUUCUGCAGAGGCAUUGAAAGGACAAGAAGCCACCCUAAUACCCAUCGUGUGAGGGAAAAUGCUCUAUUCACCAUUCCUCAGCUUCUGCUUCUGGUUUCAGAGUUCUCUCUAUAU